AUGAUUCACAAAGAGCCUAUCUGUCAGUGUCAGUGGGUGGUGGUGGUGGUGGUGGCACCACCCGCUACCCCCAGCUGUCCUCCCUCACUUGCCAGCAGUCGGCGGGCACUCCUCAGCUAUGAGUUUAGUGAGACAGGUUACCACCAAAGUGGUUGCUACUUUGAGGCUAGUGAUACAGAUUACCAGAUAAUAUGUUGCUGCUAUGAGUUUAGUGAGACAGGUUACCACCAAAGUGGUUGCUACUUUGAGGCUGGUGAUACAGAUUACCAGAUAAUAUGUUGCAGCUAUGAGUUUAGUGAGACAGGUUACCACCAAAGUGGUUGCUACUUUGAGGCUGGUGAUACAGAUUACCAGAUAAUAUGUUGCUGCUAUGAGUUUAGUGAGACAGGUUACCACCAAAGUGGUUGCUACUUUGAGGCUGGUGAUACAGAUUACCAGAUAAUAUGUUGCAGCUAUGAGUUUAGUGAGACAGGUUACUACCAAAGUGGUUGCUACUUUGAGGAUGGUGAUACAGAUUACCAGAUAAUAUGUUGCUGCUAUGAGUUUAGUGAGACAGGUUACCACCAAAGUGGUUGCUACUUUGAGGCUGGUGAUACAGAUUACCAGAUAAUAUGUUGCUGCUAUGAGUUUAGUGAGACAGGUUACCACCAAAGUGGUUGCUACUUUGAGGCUGGUGAUACAGAUUACCAGAUAAUAUGUUGCUGCUAUGAGUUUAGUGAGACAGGUUACCACCAAAGUGGUUGCUACUUUGAGGCUGGUGAUACAGAUUACCAGAUAAUAUGUUGCUGCUAUGAGUUUAGUGAGACAGGUUACCACCAAAGUGGUUGCUACUUUGAGGCUGGUGAUACAGAUUACCAGAUAAUAUGUUGCUGCUAUGAGUUUAGUGAGAUAGGUUACCACCAAAGUGGUUGGUACCACGGUGGCUUUGAGGCUUGUGAUACAGAUUACCAGAUAAUAUGUUGCUGCUAUGAGUUUAGUGAGACAGGUUACCACCAAAGUGGUUGCUACUUUGAGGCUUGUGAUACAGAUUACCAGAUAAUAUGUUGCUGCUAUGAGUUUAGUGAGACAGGUUACCACCAAAGUGGUUGUUACUUUGAGGCUGGUGAUACACGUUACCAUAGAAUAUGUUGCUACUAUGAGUUUAGUGAAAUAGGUUGUCCAAAGUUGUUGCUACUUUGA